AAGUGACAGCACGCAUACACACAGCAAUUCUGCUGCUACAGAGCCUUGCGCAGAGUCGUGGUUCCCGUGUACAUUGUGAUUAAUUUUGUAUUUUAUUAUUUAAUUUAUAGCGAAAUCUACCCACUUAAUUCAUUUGCUAGCUAAAUCUUUAUCGCAGCGGCCAACAGCUUUCCCCCAAACAGGAACCACCGGUCGCAGGGGGGUGUACGCUUUGCCGGGUUCGCCCGAGAGCCGGACGCAGCAUUCCGGCCACCAUGGCAACGAGCGAUGGCAAUGCUGCACCGGGCGGUGGCAGUAGUGGCAGCGCCAGCUUUGAUGAUUUCAUUUCCCAGUUCAAUGCACGGGUCCAAAUACAGCAGCAACUGCAAUACCUCCGAUCGAAUCCCACCGGCACUACCGACCAGGAACCGUCGAACCAGCCAACGUUCCAGUAUUAUGGCUUUACCUCCAACCUAACUCCAACGGCGGCCGAAUUUAUCCCACGCAAGUACCAAACGGAAGCGGCAACAAACGAUGGCGUCACUACCGCGCAACCGACGACAGUUUCGAUGGCAACCACUUCUACACUUCUCGCGCCUGCCGAGAUGGAUCGCGAUGAUGAUGCUGAUGAUAGGGAAAAUGUGCGUGCCGGACCAUCGAAUCACUACGGCGCGGGCAGAUCUUCGGCGGGCCGGCCACGUAGAAACGAGAGCCUUAAACCACGCAACGGUUGGCAUACGCGAGACGACCGGCCCGUGGGUCGUCCGGGAAAAUGGAAAUCUAACCAAGCUACUGCCGGAAGUGGGCGUGUACGGGUGCACGAUACAGAUGAGUAUGCGGGCGAUGGUCCACCCCGGAACGGUGACCACUCGUCCCGGCGUACCGGGACAAGACAGUGGGGUGGAAAUCGUACGAUACCAGCCGAACCGGACGAGCGGCGUUCGAAUGGGGCGCACAAACCGGCGGAAUCAUCCCCGGCGAUAAAGCCACUGUCCAAGUGUUCCCAGCGUGAAAAGCUUAUGCGCGAAAUCGAAUGCUACCGGCUGGAGUGUCUAGUGUGCUGUGAAAUAGUGAAACCGAUGCAAUCGAUCUGGUCCUGUGGCAAUUGCUAUCACAUACUGCAUCUCGCUUGCGUGACCAGGUGGGCUACGAGCUCGCAGGCGGAGGAUGGUUCGGGGUGGCGCUGUCCCGCCUGCCAGCACGUAACGAAGAAGAUCCCGCGCGAGUAUCACUGUUUCUGUGGGAAGAUGAAAAAUCCGGCCUACAAUCGGGAGGAUUUGGCACACUCGUGCGGUAAGCUGUGUGGCCGGCGUGAGAUUUGUGAGCACGCGUGUGGGCUGCUGUGUCAUCCCGGGCCGUGUCCACCGUGUCAGGCCUCGGUACAGCGUCGGUGUGGCUGUGGACGGUUGGCAAAGCUGGUGCAGUGCUGCCAGAAGGAUGAGCUGUUGUGUGAUGCCGUUUGCGAUAAGCCACUAAACUGUGCGUUGCAUCGGUGCGUGAAACGUUGCCACGCUGGGGAAUGCGAGGCGUGUGCGGAACAGGUCCAGCAUAACUGUUACUGUGGCAAAAGCGAACGGAUGGUGGCCUGUAGCGUGGCAAACCUGGAGCGAACCCGGUACGGGUGUGGAAAAAAAUGUGAAGUUCCGUUAUCGUGCGGCAAUCACAAGUGUCAGCGGCUGUGCCACGAGGGCGAAUGUGAACCGUGUGCCGAUGCACCGAACCGCGUGCUCAGCUGCCCGUGUGGGCGGGAAGCGAUCGAACCGGGAAGCCGUCAAUCCUGCCUCGACCCGAUACCGACCUGCACCGGAAACUGUGGCCGCAAGCUGUCGUGUGGUCCACCCGGUGCAGCCCAUUGCUGUGAGGCGCAGUGCCAUCCGGGCGGGUGUCCACCGUGCAAAAAGUCCACCACGGUCAAGUGCCGCUGCGGCAGCAUGGAUCAGCCGAUGAAGUGCAAGGACCUGACGACGCGUGCGGACGAUGCGCGGUGCAAGAAGCGGUGCGUGCGAAGGCGCAGCUGUGCGAAACACAAAUGCAACCAGGUGUGCUGCAUCGAUUUCGAUCACAUCUGUCCGAAAACCUGCUCGCUGCCGCUGUCCUGUGGACGGCAUCGCUGUGAUAAGCCCUGCCACAAGGGCAAUUGUCGGCCGUGUCCGCGCGUUUCGUUCGACGAGCUUACGUGUGACUGUGGGGCCAACGUGAUCUAUCCGCCCGUACCCUGCGGCACCAAGAAACCUGCCUGUGAUCGGCCGUGCAAUCGGCGGCAUGUGUGUGAACAUCCGGCACUGCACAACUGUCACGCCGAACCGGAAUGUCCGCCGUGUGUGGUGCUGACGACGAAGUACUGCUACGGUAAGCACGAGCAGCGUAAAACCAUCCCCUGCUAUCAGGAAUCGUUUAGCUGCGGGAUGCCCUGUGCGAAGCCGCUCGUGUGCGGUCGGCAUAAAUGCAUUAGAACGUGCCAUGAAGAUGAGUGCGCACCGGAAGGUACCGUCUGCAAGCAAAGCUGCACGAAGACGCGGGAAACGUGCGUUCAUCCGUGUAAUGCACCGUGCCACGAGGAGGAAUGCCCGGACACACCGUGCAAGAUUAUGGUCGAAGUAACGUGUGAGUGUGGCAAUCGGAAGCAGCAACGCACGUGUCACGAUUUCGCCAAAGAGUACCGUCGCAUAGCAACCGCCCAGCUCGCCUCGUCCGUGCAGGAAAUGCAGCGUGGUGGAUCGGUCGAGCUGAGCGACAUUCUUGGACCGGCUCGACCGAAAUCCAACAAAACACUGGAGUGUACUGAAGAAUGCCGACUGCUGGAACGUAACCGCCGUCUUGCGAUCGCACUGCAGAUCCGUAAUCCCGAUCUGCCGUCGAAGCUGCAGCCAAACUAUUCCGAAACGUUGCGUGCCUAUGCAAAGAAAGAUCCGGCCUUGGUGAAGAUGAUACACGACAAGCUCACCGAGCUGGUGAAGCUGGCGAAGGAAAGCAAACAAAAGUCACGGUCCUAUUCGUUCCCGGUCAUGAACCGUGAGAAGCGUGCGAUAGUGCACGAAAUGUGUCACAUGUUUGGCGUCGAAUCGGUUGCGUACGAUGCGGAACCGAAUCGGAAUGUGGUCGCUACGGCGGACCGACUGACGUCGUGGUUACCGAGCAUGAGCCUAAUGGAGGUCCUGCAGCGUGAGAAUGGCCAGCGCCGUAUCAUUGUGCCGAACCUGAAUGCUUGGGGUCGUACGAACUACGCUGGUGCGGCAAGUUCGAGCAGCAAGUGAAAUGGGGGGCGGCCUAAUCUGAGGGCAUCAGCAACAGUGUUUUGUUUUAUAUUUUUGGGACUUUUUUUUUAAAUUGGUUCGGUCUACAUUACCAUUUUUAAACGAAUGGGUUAUAUAAAUGCCUCAAGGAAGCUGUUCUUUUGUGUAGAUUGCUUUUUUGGUGAUUGUAAUUAAUUCGGUAUUUAUGAAUUGUCAAUAAAACACGCGUCAGCCUGCCUGCGAAUGAAAGUGGAGAGGGGGUGAAGAAUGGGCGACGAUAAAAGGCAAACA